AACUCAACUGGAGUUAGCAUAGCAAGCUAGCUGCUGUUAGUCUGCCGUACGCACUAAUAUAUGACAUUGUAUGUGAGCCUUUGCUCGUUUUAAUAUCACACAACAAUACUUUCACCCUCAAGAUAUCGAAGAUAAGAAAGCACUCGCUGACCUCCACGUAAGGUGACUCCAACUGAUGCACAUCUUGUCAACGUUCCUUGAAGUUGCCAACAGCCUGACCCAAAAAUGUCCCUAGCACAGAGGGUGUUCCUGACGUGGAUAUUUACACUGGCCUUCCUCAUCAUGCUGGUGCUGAAGCUCGAUGAGAAAAUCCACUGGAACUGGUUUCUCAUAUUUCUUCCUGUGUGGACAUUUGACACCAUUCUCCUCCUGAUGAUCAUUGUUAAAAUGGUGGGCCGCUGCAAGCCAGGUUUUGAUCCACACAAUGCUACCCAGGACCUGAAGAAGAGGAUUUGGUACCUGGUGGCCAUGCUUUUAAAAUUGGCCUUUUGUCUGACACUUUGUGCCAGGCUCGAGAAUCUAACAAACAUAUUCUUGAGUUUUGUGCUUGUCCCUCUCUGGGCACUUAUGAUUGGGGCCAUGGUGGAACUUGGCUACAAUGUAUUUCAUUUCAGAAGAGACUGAACACUUGUUUUUUAGUGAAGUGAAAUUGAGGGUUUUCUGCUGUUGACUUGAACUGUCUGUACUUUCAAACAUUUCAUUUCAUCCUCUCAGCAGCAUAGUAGGCCUUUUUGACCAAAGACACCAGAAGUGAUGAAAAAGAGACAUGGCAUGGCAUGAUGCAUUAGGGGGUUGUACAUAGUGAGCCGACUCAACAUUUUGGAUUCAGUCUGAAAUGGUAUGUGCGUGCUGUGGGGCAGCGUAUGUUUUAACAUACACAAGGAUACACUCUCACACACACACGUUCUCAUACGCUUUAUAUUGUGCAAAUCUGCCCAUGUCUUCCAGCACCUGUCAUGACUGCACUGCUGUGUCAUCUGCUGUGGUAGCUGGAUGCAUUGUCUUGAUUUCCAUUCACUGCAGUGGGAGUAUGAUAUGAGGGAAGGAUGUAAGCCACUGCUUGACACUGGUCUUAUAAUUUUUAAAUCAUGUCAACUCCUAAAUCUUUGACAUGCAGUAAUUCUUCGAUGUGUCCCACUGCUGCUGUGUUUUAUGCAUUUAAGACUGACAUUUGGUUUACAUUUACCGAAGUAAAGAUAUUUAAUAAUGUCUUGUAGACAUCUGGGAGAUUGGUUGAUAUUAAGCUAUAGCCUAAUUUAUGAAAUGUAUGUUUUGUGCGUUGUAACCUAAAUAAAAUGUGCCGUUACCACAGAAUGUUUGCUAUACCUUGUCUCCACCAGUAGGUUGUACUCUUGCCCUGUGUUCAACUGUGCAACACAGAAAAAAGACACUGUACGAUUUGUAAUUUCACUCAUGUGAGCGCCAAAAUGUUUUUUUUUUAUUUUAUUAUUAAUAUUGUUCCUCAUUUUCAACAAACUUGUGCAUCAACCAGAAUCAUUCACAGUUCUGCUGGUUUAGGCAGCUUCACUUAUCCCUGUCAGACAUUUAUUUACAUUUAAACAAGUUUUAUAUUCUUUCUACAAAAGAACAAACACUUAAAUGAGUCACCUUGAAACACACCUGCAAUGUCAGAAAAC